AUGUUACUGUUAAACUCCUUCCAACUUUCUGACUGUGGUAUAACAGGAGAGGGAUAUGCAACUCUGACUUCAGCUCUCAAAUCAAACCCCUCACACCUGAUAGAGCUGGACCUGAGAGGGAAUAACCCUGGAGACUCAGGAGUGAAGCUCCUCACUGAUUUACAUAAUUUACUUAAUGUUAAAAAACUUCAGACCCUGAGGUUGUUGAACAGUGAUGCUGCAGAGGAAGCCUGUGAUUAUCUGACUUCAGUUCUGGGUACAAACCCCUUACUCCUGACAGAGCUGGAUCUGAGUGGAAAGAAACCAGGAGACUCAGGAGUGAAGCAGUUCUGUGCUCUACUGAAGGACUCUCACUGCAAACUGACGACACUUAAGCUUAAUAACAGCAGUAUAACAGCAGGAGGCUGUGCUGCUCUGACUUCAGCUCUCAGCUCAAACCCCUCACACCUGAUAGAACUGGAUUUGAGUGGGAAUAAACCAGGAGACUCAGGAGUGGAUUAUAUAUCUGCUUUACUACAGGAUCCAAACUGUAAACUACAGAGACUACUGCUUAAUGACAGCAGUAUAACAGAAAGAGGCUGUGCUACUCUGACUUCAGCUCUGACAUCAAACCCCUCACACCUGACAGAGCUGCAUCUGAAAGGGAAUCAACUAGGAGACUCAGUGAAGCUGCUGUCUGCUCUUUUGGUGGAUCCAAACUAUAAACUUGAGAAACUGGAAUUGGACCAUGGUUUAUUGAAAACACUUACCAGUGGUGCAGUGAAUGUCAUGACCAAUUUGCCCGGUGCCGGUGCUGUCUCGAGUUUCGUGACCAGUUUGUGGUCAGGAAAGCAAGAACAGGAGCCUGACUCCUCAGCUCAGAGAGUGCAAGUGAGUGACAUUACCAGUGACGUGUCUACAUCAGGGGCAGAUGGUGGCAGUGCACUUGACCAGGAAGAGCAAGAGAGUGACACUACCAGUGGCGUCUCUACAUCAGGGGCAGAUGGGGCCAACGCAGGCCAUUGACCAUUUACCAGAAGACAACGGUACCGGUGUCUGAUACAUCUUUCUGAACAGAUAAAGGUUUAUAAUAUUAUAACAGCACUUACUGCAAAUGUGUGGAUUGUAAAUAUUGCUGACUCUGCCUCUGAAAUAUGUUUAAACUGUUAUUGUUUGUGAUCCUGUAAUCUGUUACUGAUGUUUAAAGAGCCCAGACAUAGCUGACCCAAACCUCAGUCCUCAGUGGGAGAGCUAUAGCUGUGAUAGUCAUAACCCUGAGAAACAUGCCUUCACAAUAUUCAGAAGAUAUUGUAGAUGUCUGCACUGAAAUAAGUCAAAUAAUUUGUAUAUGUACACAUAUUGGAACCCCUUGUGGGACAAUUUGAGAUAGAUACAGCAUAGGGCAGUAGUCCUCAGGUGGAGAUAGCAGCCUUCAACCUACAGUGGCAUUCUCUGAGAUGGGCUUGGGCUCCCAUCACUAACUGUAAUGACGUAAUGAGUGACUUCAAGACUGGUACCAUAUCUCUGAGAGAUCCGUCGCUACCAGAAGUCCGCCGAGCUGCUGAUCCACGAGCUUUCUCUCCAGUGUCUGGUCAGAGAUCGCUCAGGACUUCAAGACUGAUCUGUACUUCAGAGCUCUGCUGUCAUGGCUGCUCAGGAGCCCAGCGAGGCUUAGCUGGUUGGUCUGUUUGAGGACACCAAUCUGUGCUCCAACCAUGCCUGGAGAGUCACCAUCAUGCCGAAGGACAUCCAGCUGGCUCGUCACAUCCAUGGGGGUGUGUGCUUAAAUCCUCAAGAUAUCCCUUAACCCACCAAAUCACUUCCCCUCACAUGGGCUAUGCGCACUGGACUCCAUCUCACGAUUCAAAACUGCUAAUAAAACCCAUCUGUUUUUAAACAAG